AUGCUACGCUAUAGCAAUGGAGGCAGGGGGCAGGGUAUAGCAAUGACUGCUCUGGAGGAGGGAUGGGCAAAGAUCGACGGGGAUUGGGGAAGGGUUGCGGGAGGAGAUGAAUCAGGAAUCAUGAUCGAAUCAUCAUCAUCAUCACCACGUCGCAUUUUUCAAGAGAUGUACGUAUUAUUUGGCUAUUAUCAUCAAUACAUUGAAUCGAGAGUCUACCCAUUUGCCAAUGGAAGAGCACAAUUCCUUAUAGCGUCUUCUGAGCUGGUCGUUGAUUUGCAAACUCUUGCUUCCCGAAGCUAUCUCAGGCCACGAAUGACUCUUUUCUUCUUCCGCAUUUUCCCAUCUCGUGAAGUAUCGGAAGGUCAUGGCAAGUACCGUAUACCCUCUAAUCUCUUCAUCAACAUUGCAUUCUUCAUCAGACAUCACAAAAACAGUCGAAAGAACGAAAAUUUUCACAUCAACAUCGGCCAAUUACACCACAAGCUUGAUAUCACGUUCACCUCUCCUAUCUGGCCUGGUCGGCCUUUCUCCAUCAUCAUCAUCAUCAACCUAUCUCACGAGGUGUCUAUCACCAUCUACAAAUCCCCCCAGCACCAGCUAGCCAAAACAACCAAUCGACAGAACCCUCUCGCCAACCAACCCGACAAAUCCAGUCCAAUACCGCUACAUCUCAUCCCGAGACAUAAACAUAAACAUCCAUUCUCAAGAAUCAUAAGUCCCCCUCUUCAUUCAACCCUCCCAACUAACACCGCCCCAAGCCCUGAAUCCGCAAUCGAGCACUACGCUCAUUUUGGUGAUUCAUCGUUGGAAGGAUUAUAUGGAAAGGAGGAGGAAGUUGGUCUGGAAGGUUUUGAUGGCGUUGAGGAUGGGAUUGCUGGCUAG